AGUCUCGACAUAAGAUAGCGAUUCGAUCGCAAACUGACAGUCGCUAAAUAUUAACGAAAAUAUUCGCUUGCCAUAACGACAGUAACGAUAAACGCAAGUCUCGACAGCCGAGAUAGCGGGCAACAUCGCUAAUUAUCAUGACAUAUUCGUGUCGGUACGAUAGCGAAAACCGUAUUCAUAGUGCGGUGAAUUUGUAUUAAAAUGUUGCAUGUAAAAAAAAUCCUUGUAUUAUAGGGAGAAAUGGUAGACAAGAUUUGCACAACCAAUUUUGUUUCCUUUGACAAUUAUAAAGAAAAUAGAUGAACCUUAUCAUAUUAAAACUUUUUGCAUCGAACCGUGUAAGUAAAACAUACCGUUUUUUAAGAAAACACAUAUUAAAGAUCUUAAUAGUUUGCGUACUUGCAAUACAGACAUAGAACAUAAACAAACUGUCAAUGUCAAGUUUGUUUGUGCACUUGAACAUUGGUUUGAUUUAUAAUAAUAAUAAAGGAGAACGGUGUAUUCAUUACUAUUCAUGGACGGUGAAGUCAUUGAAACAGGCGCAGGCCUGCCGGGUGCCAGCAGCUUGAGCGUCAGGUAAGUACAUCUACAACGAGAAUUUUUUAUUCCUAUUCUUGGUACUUACUAAAUUGAAUACUUUGUAUACAUCCGAAGUAUUCUGUGUUUACAUAAUGACUACUUUAAUGUUUCAGGCGUAAGCGUCUGCGUAGCCCUCGUGUUACACCCGCUCAAAUUGAUGCACUACUAUCAAUAUUAGAAGCGCGUCCAUAUUUGCACGCGGAAAUUUACCGGCUUGCAGGGCCGGGAAAAUUUCGAAACGGGCUGGAGGGAGGUUGCCGAGGAGCUCAAUAAUCUCCCUAACGGGUCUAGAAAGACACCAGAGCAGUGGAUGACGGUUUGGAGAGACUUAAAAAGCCGCGCUUGCAGUAAGGCGGCAAAAUUAAAAAAAGAACAAAAACGUACCGGCAACCGAGGCGUCAGCACUGCUCCCCUGACCGAGGCCGAGAGCCGGAUAAUUUCAAUAGUUGGGGCAGAUUAUUCCUUUGGGACAGACUGCCCGGACGCUAUGCCAGAGGAAGAUUUAUUACAACAUGAGAUGGAGGCUGGGGUGGUAAUCUCUGAGGUUCUCACCUUACCUCAUUCUCAGGCUAGAGAUUUUGUGGAAUUGUUACCGACUGAAACAACAAUCAAUGACAGCAGAGCAACGGCUGGUUCUUCACCACCACCCAUCCAAGAACAAGUGCAAGAUGCCCCUCAGUCGCCAGUACUACAAAUGACAGUACGUGGCAGAAGGACAGAAACUGUUGCAUCAUCAACACCACCACUGCGACAGAGACCCAGAAGAAAGAGGAAUCUGAAUCCUCGCCAAAGUGUUUCUGAGCAAUAUAGUGCAGCUCGACGAGAAUUUCUAGCAGUUGCAGAAGCAAAUGCUGCUACAAUGAAGAUGCUGGCAACUGCUGCUCAAGCGCAAGCAGAUGCUGCCAAGAUGCAGGCUGAGGCAGCCAAGGUACAAGCCGAGGCGACGCUGCAAUUGGUAAAAGUCGGAAACAAAAUAGCUGACGCAAUAAAUAAUUACAUAAAUAAAAAUAAUAAAUGAUAUAAAA